GUUUUCUCUACAUUUUGUAGUUAGAGGAUAGUUGCAAUAAAUCCUUUUUCAUUUUGGAACUACAGCUGUGGAAAAAAUCCUAUGUAGUUGUGAUAUCUCUGUGGACAAGAAAUGAGGACAAUGGCCCCAUGCCAUGACAAUUAGAAGAAGCUUCUGGCUUUUUCCUAAAUUCUUUCAACAAUGCCACAGGUCAGUACCUUGAGGACAAUUGCUGGGAAGAACUGACUUCUCACUAUAUAUCAGUUUUGACAGAAGCGUUUUACCCAACCCCAGAGUCUGAGGUCUCUUUAAUCAGACCUUGGUUUUCCUCACAGGAGGUGAUUAAGCCAGGACAUUCCUGCUUUUCAGGAAGCUCUUUUCUGGUCUUGGGUAUUGUGGUGACUCUACAACUUUUGUCAGUGCUCAAUGUUACUCUGGGUCCCCUACGUUUCUUAAACAAAUGAGUGAGUUUCUUAAAUAAUGUUUCUUAGAUGGGCUCUGCUCAGUUAAAGCCCAAAUGUUCUACCCUCAAAGCCAGGGAGGCUCCCCAGCCCCCACAUGAAACUCCGUGGUGGACAGGCAGCCUUCACCACAGAGACAGGACACUAUCCCACAGGUCAACAGAUGUACCAGGCACUCUGGCUACAGCCCUUUGGAAACGGGUUGUGUGUCACUGAGCCUGCACUAAUAUUGGAGCCACAUUCUGACUUCUUGCUGUAGACAGCCAUUCACUUCCCGACCUCACAUAACAACCUGGCCCAGAGCAAUGUUUCUCUACCAACAGACAGAUGCCAGAUUCAUGUUCACCCUGAAAGGAUAUGAGCUGAUGGCUCUGGGGUCAACUUGGGGUGGAUGAAGAGUCAGAUGACUCAUGUGCCCACUAGGGCACACAUGACCCAGAUGACUCAGAGCAUCAAAAACAGCAGCUUCCUAGUACUGACCAGUGGUGGCAGUAGGACUACAAAAAUCCGUAACUCCAACAUCUGCAGUCCACGUGACAGCUAACUGAACCAUCCAAUGGCUCAUCUUAUGGGGUUAGAGGCCACCCAGGGAUACAAGCCUGGAAGAAAUGGCUACUUCUAAAUAAAGAAAGGUAUCACCCACCUGGCCAUACCGUGAGGAGGCAUGGACCCCUCCUUACACUCUCAGCCUCAGAAGGCAACUGCAGUUCAGGAAGGUCAAUACUCACCACCCACCCAGGGUACCUGAGCACAGGAGGACCAGGGACUUCCUGCUGUACCAACCCAAAUCCUUUGGCAGCUCUGCAAGCAAAGAGGGUUCAUAGUCUGUGUUUUCGGAAUUACCUCGUUUGGGAUUCGAUCUCAGGAUCAGUUUCCCCAGAAGGGAACUGGGACUGCUGAACCUCUGAGACGAGAGAGGACCGGCCAUGUCUGUGGUAUGAGUCAUCGGUCUCCCCUGGGCUCCCUAAUCAUCACUAAGAAAGACUUUGCUGACAACAGUGUUUGCAGAUCCAUGUGUACCUGGGAGUGGUGAAAGGCCGUGGGCACAGCAGCAGGGGCACCAUGAGCCUCAGUGAGGAACAGGUACGAAGCUUCCUAGAUGGGAACCCCACUUUCGUCCACCAAUAUUUUGGGAAGAAGCUGAGCCCUGAAAAUGUGGCAGGGGCCUGUGAAGAUGGUUUGCUGGUGGACUGUGGCAGCCUGCGAGAGCUGUGCCAGGUGGAAGAGAGUGCAGCACUGUUUGAACUGGUGCAGGACAUGCAGGAGAGCAUCAAUAUGGAACGUGUGGUCUUCAAGGUCCUGAGGCGUCUCUGCACCAUCCUGCAUGCUGACCGCUGCAGCCUCUUUAUGUACCGCCAGCGCAAUGGCAUAGCCGAACUUGCCACACGGCUCUUCAGCGUGCAGCCACACAGCCUCCUGGAGGACUGCCUGGUGCCCCCUGACUCUGAGAUCGUAUUCCCACUGGAUAUUGGGAUUGUGGGCCAUGUGGCUCAGACCAAGAAGAUGGUGAACGUGCCGGAUGUGGCCGAGUGUCCCCACUUCAGCUCAUUCGCUGAUGAGCUCACCGACUAUGUGACAAGGAACAUUCUGUCUACACCAAUCAUGAAUGGCAAAGAUGUCGUGGCUGUGAUCAUGGCAGUGAAUAAGCUGGAUGGCCCAUGCUUCACAAGUGAAGAUGAAGACGUUUUCACAAAGUACCUGAAUUUUGCUACAUUAAACCUGAAGAUCUAUCACCUAAGCUACCUCCACAACUGUGAGACACGAAGAGGCCAGGUGCUUCUCUGGUCAGCCAAUAAGGUAUUUGAAGAGCUGACAGACAUCGAAAGGCAGUUCCACAAGGCCUUCUACACUGUUCGGGCCUAUCUAAACUGUGACCGGUACUCAGUGGGCCUCCUGGACAUGACCAAAGAGAAGGAAUUCUUUGACAUCUGGCCUGUGCUGAUGGGGGAAGCCCAGCCAUACUCAGGCCCACGAACACCCGAUGGCCGGGAAAUUGUCUUCUACAAAGUCAUUGAUUAUAUACUCCAUGGCAAGGAAGAUAUCAAAGUCAUUCCCACACCCCCAGCUGACCACUGGGCCCUGGCCAGUGGCCUUCCAACUUAUGUAGCAGAAAGUGGCUUUAUCUGUAACAUCAUGAACGCUUCAGCUGAUGAAAUGUUCAGCUUUCAGGAGGGGCCCCUGGAUGAUUCUGGGUGGGUGAUCAAGAACGUUCUCUCCAUGCCCAUUGUUAACAAGAAGGAGGAGAUUGUGGGGGUGGCGACCUUCUACAACAGGAAAGACGGGAAGCCCUUUGAUGACCAGGAUGAAGUUCUCAUGGAGUCUCUGACACAGUUCCUGGGAUGGUCAGUGCUGAAUACCGACACCUAUGACAAGAUGAACAAGUUGGAGAACCGUAAGGACAUCGCCCAGGACAUGGUUCUGUACCAUGUGAAAUGCGACAAAGAUGAAAUCCAGGAAAUCUUGCCAACAAGGGAUCGCCUGGGGAAAGAGCCUGCUGACUGUGAGGAGGAUGAGCUGGGGAAAAUCUUGAAAGAAGAACUCCCAGGGCCUACCAAGUUUGACAUUUAUGAAUUCCACUUCUCUGAUCUGGAGUGCACUGAGUUGGAGCUCGUCAAAUGUGGCAUCCAGAUGUACUAUGAGCUGGGUGUAGUCCGAAAGUUCCAGAUCCCCCAGGAGGUCCUGGUGCGGUUCCUGUUCUCUGUCAGCAAAGCCUAUCGGAGAAUUACCUACCACAACUGGCGCCACGGUUUCAAUGUAGCCCAAACCAUGUUUACGCUACUCAUGACAGGCAAACUGAAGAGCUAUUACACAGACCUGGAGGCCUUUGCCAUGGUUACAGCUGGCCUGUGCCACGACAUUGACCACCGUGGCACCAACAACCUGUACCAGAUGAAAUCCCAGAAUCCUCUAGCCAAGUUACAUGGCUCCUCAAUUCUAGAACGGCACCACCUGGAAUUUGGGAAGUUUCUGUUGGCAGAGGAGAGCCUGAACAUCUACCAGAACCUGAACCGGCGGCAGCAUGAACAUGUGAUCCACCUCAUGGACAUUGCCAUCAUUGCCACUGACCUGGCCCUCUACUUCAAGAAGAGAACAAUGUUCCAGAAGAUUGUGGAUGAAUCUAAGAACUAUGAAGACAAGAAAAGUUGGAUAGAGUACUUAUCCCUGGAGACCACCCGAAAGGAGAUAGUCAUGGCCAUGAUGAUGACUGCAUGUGACCUGUCUGCUAUUACCAAGCCCUGGGAAGUCCAGAGCAAGGUGGCUCUUCUGGUGGCUGCUGAGUUCUGGGAACAAGGGGACUUGGAGAGAACGGUCUUGGAUCAACAGCCCAUUCCCAUGAUGGACCGGAACAAAGCAGCUGAGCUCCCCAAGCUGCAAGUUGGCUUCAUCGACUUUGUAUGUACUUUCGUGUACAAGGAAUUUUCUCGUUUUCAUGAAGAGAUCCUGCCCAUGUUUGACCGACUGCAAAAUAACAGAAAGGAGUGGAAAGCGCUAGCUGAUGAGUAUGAGGCCAAAGUCAAGGCCCUGGAGGAAGAAAAGAAAAAGGAAGAAGACAGAAUAGCAGCCAAGAAAGUGGGCACAGAAAUUUGCAACGGUGGUCCAGCACCCAAAUCCUCGACCUGCUGUAUCCUGUAAAACCUAUCUAGUGGCUUCUGGUCCCUCCUGCCACUUUUACUCACUGGAGAUGGACUCUGCCUAUAGCAGUUUGGUAUAAGACAUUAGGAAGCAGAAAAAAGAAAGAUCAAAUAUAACUGAGUAUUUUAAAAUUUUAAAGAUUUUUUUCAAAUUAAAGCCAACUAUGAAU